AUGGAGGUCAGAUCGAAGUCCAGCAAUCCCCCUUCUCCUUCCAUCACAAACGAGUCUUCAGAUAAAAUCGAACAAUCUCCAUCUCGAAAUGGCGAUGACGAAUUCGAUGCAGCACAAUGUCUGUUCUGCAAUCAAACCAGCACCGAUCUGGACCAGAAUUUGACCCACAUGUUGAAAGCCCAUGGUUUAUUUGUGGAUUCGACAAAUUUAUUGGUAGACGUUGGAUCUCUGCUGGCCUAUUUCCAUUUCAUCAUUUCCGAGCUUUACGAAUGUCUUUAUUGCGGCACGCAACGAAACACUCGACAGGCAGUCCAACAGCACAUGAUGGCCAAAGGACAUUGCAAAUAUGAUAUCUCAGAUGAAGAUGGUGAGCUCCGAGAGUUUUAUGAUAUCCCCGUAUCGGACGCGAGGGAAGAACUGCAACAGAAGCAACUUCUAUCACAAACCAGACCCAAGAAGUCCCGAGCGUUAAAGCAUUCAGAUGGACAUGGGAUGGCAUCUUCGAUUGACCAAGCGCUACGAACCGGACGUUCGCCCUUACAUAGCGAUACGGAGCCAGAGUCGAGUUCGAACAAUCAAGUAAGCACCAGAGCGCUCAAGCAAGAACAUACGCUCAACAGCCAACUUACACGACUUCGUGCCGAUGACCGGAGAAGUCUUUUACAUUUGCCGGCCUCACAACAACGAGCAUUGUUGAUAACUCACCACAAACAAAUGGAGAAGGCCAGGAGGACGGAACAGGCGAGUCAAGGGCACUUGCAGACUGCAGGAAACACGGUCAAUUGUCUAAGCAAGCUUAGGUUGGUGCGUAAACCGCCGCAUAUGGGACAUGUGGCCAACCUGACACAUUGA